AUGAUGUUCAAGUCCCUCGUCGCGCUCACCAUCCUCGGCUUCGCCGUGGCCGCCCCCACCGAGAAGCGCGACGGCUACCUCAACCAGGUCGUCAACGGGCAGGUUGCCACUGCCUGGUGUGGUGCCGCUGGUUCGUCGACGUUCGAGGUUUCCAGGCUCAAGACCGACGUUCCGUUCUUCUGCGAAGCCGCCAACAAGGGUGGCAACUUCAACCCCCACAUCGACAUUGGUGACGGCUACUGGAUUCAGGUUACCAACCUCCAGGACGGUGACUAUGCACCUUGCCAGGACGCCUUCAACUGGAUCAUCAGCAACUGCGCCGAAGACGGCCGGGUCGGACAGUACCAGACCAACGCCAACAACUACAAGUUCGACAAGAACUAA